ACCACCACUUCAUCCUCCACCAGCAGCAGCAGCAGCAGCAGCAGCAGAAGAUCAUGGCAGGCGGAGGUACAUCCGGUCAGUCUCUUGAGUACACUCCGACAUGGGCCUUUGCCACUGUCUGUUUCUUCAUCAUUGCCAUCUCCAUUAUUAUCGAGCACUCCAUCCAUCUCAUCACCGAAUGGCUCAAAAGAAAUCGGAAGUCUGCCCUCUAUGAUGCUGUUGAAAAGCUCAAAUCUGAGCUUAUGUUACUAGGGUUCAUGUCACUCAUACUAGCAGUAACACAAGAGUCCAUUUCCAACAUCUGCAUACCCACUAGGCUUCAUUUUACAGUCGGAGUUAUCAGAAAUUUGAACUUUCCGGUGGCGGGUUUGUAUAAUGGUAAUCUCUGGACAAUCCCACGUAGAGGAUUGGAUGAGGAUGAUGUGGAUGCGGGUGCAGUUAACAGUACUGAUAAAUGCACAGCUGAAGGAAAGGUUUCACUAGUGUCACAAGAAGGGAUACACCAGCUUCACAUAUUCUUCUUUGUGCUAGCAGUCAUGCAAAUUGUUUAUAGUGUACUUACCAUGGCUUUGGGUACGCUCAAGAUGAGGCGUUGGAAAGCUUGGGAGAAAGAAACUCAAACAACUGAGUACCAAGUUGCAAACGAUCCAAAUCGAUUUAGAUUCACUAGACAAACAACAUUUGGGAGACGUCACAUGACGCAUUGUACAGAUUCAACAGCUCACCUGUGGAUUAAAUGUUUUUUCAGACAAUUCUUCAAGUCAGUGGCGAAAGUUGAUUACCUCACCUUGAGACACGGUUUUAUCUCGGCUCAUUUGUCUGAGAGGCACAACAACUUCUAUUUCCAAAAGUACAUACAGAGAUCCUUGGAAGAAGAUUUUAAAGUGAUAGUCAGUAUCAGCCCACUUUUGUGGUUAAUAGUUGUCAUCUUUAUGCUCGUGGUUGUUCAAGGUUGGCACGUGUAUCUCUUUAUAUCAUUUAUCCCACUACUAAUAGUGCUAGUGCUUGGAACUAAACUAGAAGUGAUAGUCGCAAGAAUGGCUCUUCAACUCAACAAUCAGGACAAUGUAAUCAAAGGAGCCCCUCUUGUUCAACCCCAUGAUGAUCUUUUCUGGUUUGGGCGCCCAAGAUUUGUUCUCACUCUUCUCCAUUUGACUCUCUUUCUGAGUGCAUUCGAGCUUGCAUUCUUCCUUUGGGUAACGUGGUUCCAAUAUGGUAUGUAG